AUGAUGUCUCCUCCCACAGACCUUGGCCUAGAUGGAACUACCUCGGUCCUUAGAGAACGACACCCCGAAGAUCCAGAAAAGGAAGCCUCCAGCAAACAGCCUGUCUGUUUCGAGGAUAAAUAUCCUGAAACAAAAUCAAACCCCGUCGAUGAGCUAGAGUUACACCCCGCAAUGACCACGGAGAUGAUCAACAUAUUCCGACAGAAGGGAACCGACUAUCAGUCUUGGAUCAAUUCCCCAGAAGACACAAACUGCCAAAGACCAUGUAUCGUUUCACCAUCCACACUACAAAUGCACCAUCUGAUACAUCCCUCCAAUGACAGGCAUCGAUGGGACGCAUAUUGCAACGAGUGGGUGGGUGCACCCGAAGAAAUUGGCGAUCCUCGUCCACUCAAUCUGCCCACUGGACUGGGUUACCACCAGCUAUUUAUUCGCAAACUCGGAGUCGAGAAAGAUGGUUCCCUGGGUUGGAACAAAUACCACGGACGUGUGGCACACACUGCUAUCUUUGCUGAUAACAAUGUCAGACUUGAUGGACCUCAAUGGUCGGAAAUCGCUCAGGCUCACUACCAAGUUUUCUUUGAUAUACAUUCUCUGAAAUAUGUCUUUCGUAUGACGGUCGUCAACGAGGAGACACAUACUUUUGUGGAUAAGGUGCUUUAUCCGAAAUAUGAGCUUGAGCUUGCUGGAGAUAGUGAAGUGAGGGCAUGGUUGUAUGAUACUGAGGAGUAUCGGGAAAUUAUGGGGACGUCCUUGGGGAAAGCCGUCGGUGCCCUGGUUUUGGGUGCUUUCCCUAGGGGUACACAUCGCAUUAUCCAAAUUCUUACUUGGCAGUAUGAUGGAGACUUGCAGAUGAGGUUUGAUAUCUCACGGCUUCCUAUGGGUCAACACUAA